AUAGUAAUCAUGUCGAAAAAGCGUGCUCAAAAGCGAGAAAACGACUUAUCAAGCUCCGAAGAAGAGGAUUUUAAACCAAAAAAGUUGAAAAGUGAAAAAUCGCCAGAAGUUAAGUCCAAAAUAAAUAUACCAGAAAAAGAAACUGACGAUGAAGGAAAUGAAUAUUAUUCACUUGGAAGAGAUCGCCGGAUUUCUUUAUCGUCAUUCAAAGGAAAACGAUACAUUAAUAUUCGUGAAUAUUAUGAAGAUAAGAAAAGUGGAGAAAUGAAGCCUGGAAAGAAAGGAAUAACUUUAAAUGCACUGGAAUGGAAGAAUUUAUUGGCUGUUGCUGAUCAAUUACACCUUUCUCAAGAAGAAUAAUUUC